AUGGCACAAGAACCAGCAACUAUUUACGAAGCUUUACACAGAUAUCUCGCCUCAACUGGGAUCGAGACAGUGGAAGAGUUCUUCGGGGAUGAUGAGCUUCAAACCAGAAAACGGCUCGUGGAACUCGGAGCGGAAAUCUCGGCACAGUGUUUCAUCUUUGGAGUUCAUAACGGAUUCCUGAAGAUGCCAGACUUGAAUCGGACCGACGACUUUGAACCUUUCCGGCCUCUUAUCACCGUCCUCCUCGCCAACGAAGCCAAAUGCAAUGAAGAAAUGUGUGAUCUCAUCGACCAAGAAUCUAACAGGCCGCCAACACCUUUAGCAUUCGUACCGGCCCCGGUGAAGACCAGCACCACAUCUGGCCUCGUCGAUUCUUCGAGCAAGCUUGAAGACUUCCUUCAUCCGCUAAGACAGGAAUUGACGGGAUUGCUGUACACAAAUGUCCCAGGUUUAGUGGAGCAUUUCAUCAACAAGCAACACAUCGACCCCGCUUUCCGCCUGGAACCUACCGAAUACUUUAUUGAUAAAAAGCAUAAUGAAAAACUAGAAAACACGCGGCAGCAUCCUAUGUUGAGUUGGAUCACUUCAUUCGUCGAACAGUUGGAAAAGCAAAGCUCAAACAUUCGGCAGUCUCGUACUUGGCGGAAUCUACCCGACACGUGUUUGGUGGGCGUUGAUGAGAUACUGAAGCUGGACGGUGCGAUCAUGUCCCGGGUCAAGAAAAACAAAAAAGGCUAUCACAUUCAAGAUGUUCUGGUCCCUUUCGAGCUCAAGAAAGAUAAAUCACUUGCUACACAGGCUGUCACUGGCUUGGCUAAGUACGUCUGCGAGGUCUUCAAAUCUCAGCCCACCCGAAGCUUUGUCGUUGGGGUUACUCUGUGCGGAACCUUGAUGCAGCUCUGGCAGUUUGAUAGGUCCGGUGCCAUUGGUUCUGAAUCAGUUGACUUGAAAGCAGACAAGAAAAACCUUGCAAAGUUCUUCGAUCUCAUGUUAUGUUUCUUAAAGUGUAAUAAGCAACUCCUUGGCUUUGAUCCAACCUUCAUUGAGGCUCAAGAUCGCCGUCACCUUGAGAUGCGAAUACCAAUCAAGAACGGUAAUCAAGAACUUGUAAUAGACUCCUCUCACAUCUUCCGAGCGUCGGGAAUCUGCGGACGGGGUACCACCUGCUGGGAGGCGCAUCUCUCUGAAGAUAAGAGUCAAAAAUUUAUGAUAAAAGAUUCGUGGCAACCCAAACAACGGCCAGAAGAAGGUGAAAUGCUUCGCAAAGUGAACAAAAAGAACUUGCCCCAUGUGGUCCGAUAUCACCAUCAUGAAGAUGUCUGCGUGGACGGCAAAAUCGUCGACAUCGAAUCACACGUUCGGAGGGGCCCCAACUUCCAAAAUUGUCAAAAGAUCCCGAUCAAUGAAAAGCCUGAUGAUCCAAACGUGCAAAAUGAAUUUAUCAACCGGGUCCAUAGACAGUUGAUUCUCAAAGACGUGGGGCAACCCAUUUGGAAAGUCGAUUCUCCACUUCGUCUGCUGGAGGCCCUCGAGGGGUGUAUCACAGGACAUCAGGCCUUAUUUGAUGCUGGCAUUCUUCACAGAGACAUCUCAAUCAACAAUCUCAUGGUUAACAAUGACACCAAAGAUGCAGAUCGAAAAUCCUUCCUGAUCGACUUAGAUGUGGCGAUUCGCUACCCUACAAGAAAUGAUGAAGACUUACAUGCCAGAACUGGGACAAAAGUUUUCAUGUCAAUCGGCUUGCUUUUCAAGCUGAAUACCCACACCCACGUGGACGACCUGGAAUCCUUUUUUUGGGUCUUCAUAUGGAUUUGCAUCCAUUAUCCUGAUGAUCAGAGGAAAGGGUUGUCUGAAGUGACACAUUGGAAUCAGUACACACCGGAAGGUUUAGGCGCCUCUAAGUCUGGGUACCUCACUCAUCCUGGCUUCCUUACCAAACAUUUCACACCCCAAUACCAACAAUCUCAGCCUCUCCUUGACUGUGUCACCAGGUUUGCCAAAAUUAUGAGCAACGAGCAAAUCCGAGAACAGAAGUCUGCCAUCCUUUAUCAACAAAUAUUAAAAAAUUUGCAACAGGCUCAAGAAGAGCUGAGGAAGGAAGACAAACUGAGCCAGUUAUAA